AUGAACGCCCGGCGGAAUGGAGAUGGAGAUGGGGGGCGUUAUCACACGCCCUUAUCACCUUCGUCGUUCUCGGACGCCCAACUACUUCGACGAAAAGAUGCUAUUAUAUUUCCGCCCACGAGGGGGUCUAUGAGACCGACUCCCACAGGGCAAGUUUAUGAUUGGCCAAUAACGCCCUUGGCACCCCCGUGGUCGCCCACCGGGUCCCCUUCCCCUUCGAAAUUUCCCUCUUCCUCUGGUCUCCCGUCCCCUCCCCCUCGGCUCUUUGAAAUCUCCUUCCCUCCCCUCUCUCCCUGUUCUUCCCUCCUCCUACGCUCCUCUUUUUCCAGCUCCCUCCCUUCCUCAUCUCUCCCUUCUUUCACCCCUUCCCUUCCUCAUCCCUCCCCUCUCCUCCCCCCUACCCCUACCCCUUCUUCACCCCUCCCCCUCCCCUCCCUCCACCUGCCCUUUCCUCAUCCCUCCCUCUCCCCUACAUCCCCCUCCUCAUCCCGGGUCUCCCCCCUCCCUCUCCCCCACCUUACCCCUUCUCCUUCCCCUCCUCCUCUCCACCCUCCCCCAUCCCGACGACGGACUACUUGCUACCUGACACGGGAGACGUCCCGUCCGUCAUCCUCAUUUUGGCGAGAUUCCAAUUCAUCCCGGGAAUCCUUCUCCGAGUCCCUCAUGGAAUCCUUCACUAUCGCCGUACCUCCCUCCUCCUCCUCCUCCUCCUCCUCCUCCUCCUCCUCCAGCACUCGCGAAUCCUUCGGGGGAUCGUUAAUAUAA